AUGCCUCCAGCCAGCAUUUUCACUCUUCCUUACGAGCUGCGGUACGAGAUCUACCAGCACUACUUCACGCUCGACGAUGGCUAUACCUUCCAAGCCGGACCUGGGAAACUCGCAACCUCCGAUGGACGACCCCUCGAUCUAGCACUUAUGUACACAUGUCGUCUCAUUGCCAAAGAGGCAAAGGAUCUGCCUCUAAGGUUCAACACCGUCUCUUUCUCGACUGUCCAUCAUCCAGAGUGGAGUGCAUGGGCCGGCCGCUUUCACUAUCAGCUCGAUCUCCAACUUUCACUACAGAGCAAUCUACUGAUGAGGAUGGCACACCAUCUGACUCCGGACAUGCGCUCUCAAAUCGCUCUCAAGUUUCCUCGCUUCAUGCCCAUGUUGGCGCGUGCCGAGGAGGAACCAGUUCCAAGGACGACUCGUUAUGAAGAACAAUUUCACUUCGAGCUAGGCCCCUACCGCUGUCUGAACAGCUUCUCGACAGGCCAAGAACGGUGGGAAUGGUGCCACGAAAACACUUGCCUGGUGAGCCAGGCCGUCACAUACGCAUUACGGCUUCUUGCGCAGUCGCACGGACCGGAGCUCACCCAAUUGAUCAACAAAGAACUUCCAAGAAGGGAGGCGACGCAAGAUGUUUUUGAAUUCCUCGACAAAUCGUACGAGCCUUGGGCCAUCCCCUCGCAGUCUGUGCUUGCGACCACGGGUCUUGAGCUGUCAGACGACCGUGUAUGGGAUAGGAUGAACGGAUGGCACAAGGAGGACUAUGAAGAACAGCGCUAUCGUGAAAAGUUCCGCUUCUCGGCGGUGGCUGUUGCUAUCCGAUUCCUCAACUCCCUCCCCUCCCACACGCGCCUCCAGCUACGAAAGAUGGUGGUGCACGAGGACCACAUUUCAAUAGCUCACCCGGAGCGUCAUGCACAAGGACUAAUUCCCUUCUGCAAAGAGAACCCCAGACUCCGAAUCGAGCGCCGUGUAGACGUACUCAACACUAUCUUUCAACAAGCCGAACUGGGCAACCUAAACUCGCUACCAAUCUCUUCGCGGGAUGAGCCAAACAACACUCGAUACCAGAUUAGCUAUUCUUGUAUCACCGAGGUUGUAGCCCACUGGCUCCUUGGAGGUCUCGCCACAGUGGAUGCCGGCAUGCUUGCCAACGCCUUCACCCUGGUCCUAGAUAGUGGGCGAGCCACCAACUUGUGCUCUGACAUUUUCCAGCGCACGGUUCAUCAUGAUCUUGCUUGGCAGACGGCCCUGGAACGAUGCUACGCCCAAGGCAUUCUGCCAGUCCCAUCUCAGCACAUACCCGAGUACACCUUUGCCAAAGUCCCGCAGGACCUCUGGCAGGCUCUGGAGCAUCUUUCCAAUCAAACGUCGGUCCUCCGCUGCAACUUUAACCCCGGACAACCCCAUGACGUGGAAGCGGUUUUUGAUGAGUGUCGUACCUGGGAUAUCCACAAGUGGCAAAAGUCCCGGUUCUUUGCCCACGAUCAACGGGACUAUGAUGUCCUCCCCCCUCUUCCGGACUGGGGUGAUACGCUACGGGAGAACUUCGAGAUAGAACCUCGGACAACACGAAACAAGGACUGA